AUGCCUUCCAAGCAGAAGAAGCCGCCGGCUGCUCCCAGGCCCAGCUCGAGUGUGGUUUUGAUAUCCCCCACGAAUGAGAUUCUCUUACUUCAUCGCGUCAAGACAUCUACGUCGUUCGCUUCUGCCCACGUCUUUCCUGGAGGGAACCUUUCACUCCAGGACGGGCGAUGCCCACCGCCUGAAGAUGUGAAGAGGCAUGAAGAUGCGUCUUGGUACCGCAAUGCCGCUAUCCGCGAGCUAUUCGAGGAGAGCGGAAUUCUUCUCGCCAAGGACCAGAGCUCUGGGAAGAUGCUCGCGGUCCGAGAAGAGGAGCGCGACAAGGGCCGCCGGGAGAUUCACCAGAAGAAAACGACGUUUUCAGAAUGGCUACAGAAGCAAAAUACUGCGGCUGUGCCAGAUAUAGACAAUCUGAUUCCCUUCACACGAUGGGUCACCCCGCCAAAUGUCCCAAAGCGCUACACCACACAGAUGUAUCUCUACUUUCUACCCCUGCCUCUGGAGUCAGACAAGUCACUGUUAAGUGAGAUUCCCGCAGAGGGUGAGCGCGAAGAAAUCCAAACUCCAACGAGUGACGGAGGAGUUGAAAUCGCUGAGGCGCAAUUCUUACCUGCAUCGGAAUGGCUCCGCCAAGCAGGGCAAGGUGAAAUUAUUCUGUACCCACCGCAGUUUGUCCUAUUGAGUCUGGUAUCACAGUUCCUGGAUAAGGGAACUCGAACUGCCCCCGCAGAAGAGCUGCAGCAGAGGCGCACUCAACUGAUAGAGUUUGCCCAUUCCAGCAGCCCCCCGUGGACGGAGAAGUGUAUCUCUCCAAAAGUUGGUAAAUUUACAGACGAUGGACGUGCAAUAAUGAAAUUAGAUCAUCCCGGCCCGGAGCUACAGGGAACAGAACGUCGGGGAGAGUUUGAUCGGGUGGUAUUCGUACGGUUUAAGGAUGGCAGUUCUCGCGAACUUAGUAUGGCCUGGAAAAAAGACGUUUUUCCUGGGAAUAAGAGUAACAUCUAA